AUCGGGCUGGCGGCCGAUCCCGGCUGCCUCCCGGACUGGCACAUGCUGUCCCUGUUCGGCGUGGGGGCCGUGCUCAUGCGGGGCGCCGGCUGCACCAUCAAUGACAUGUGGGAUCGCGACUUUGACAGAAAGGUUGCAAGGACAGCAAGUAGACCCCUGGCAGCUGGAGAUAUCUCCACUUUUCAGUCCUUAGUUUUUCUCGGGGGACAGCUUAGCUUGGCACUCUGUGUGCUUCUGUGUCUGAAUUACUACAGUAUCAUUCUGGGAGCAGCCUCUUUGUCUCUUGUGGUCACCUACCCUCUGAUGAAGAGAAUAACGUAUUGGCCACAGCUGGUUUUGGGACUUACAUUUAAUUGGGGAGCCCUUCUUGGCUGGUCUGCCAUCAAAGGGUCGUGUGAGUGGUCCGUGUGUUUGCCCUUGUACUUGUCUGGAGUCCUGUGGACGCUGGUGUACGAUACCAUUUAUGCACAUCAGGAUAAGAAGGACGACAUCAUGAUCGGUGUGAAAUCAACUGCAUUACAGUUCAAGGAGGAUACAAAACAGUGGCUCAGUGGCUUCAGCCUUGCCAUGCUCCUGAGUUUGUGUGUGGCAGGGAUGAACUGUAACCAGACGUUCCCGUAUUACUCAGCUGUGGCUGCUGUAGGGGCUCACCUAGCACACCAGAUUUACACUUUGGACAUAGACAAGCCUGAAGACUGCUGGAAGAAAUUUGCUUCAAAUCGUACUGUAGGAAUUCUGCUCUUUACAGGGAUUGUGCUUGGAAAUUUGUGGAAACAAAAGGACUUAAAAAAUGUAGAAGAGCCUUUAGAAAACAGAUAGUUGAAAUUAUUAUAAAUACUGAUAUUUUAGUCCUGCUAAAAUGUAAGUACUGUAAGAAGGAAAAAACUUUUAAUAUAAAUAUAGCUGCUUUAUACUGUUUAUUUAUAAAAGCUGGUGAAAACAUUCUUGUUUCUGAAAUCAUGCAGUUGAGAUGAUCCUACAAUGCAAGUUUUGAUUAUCUGUAAAUAACUUCAAUAUCCGUAGAAGCUUCAAUAAGUGAAGCUGCUCUGCUGGUCCUGUGUAGUGUCAAGAGCUUGUGUCAAGCUCUGAAGACCGAAUGCAAGAUUUUAUACAAAAUGUGUGUCUCUUAGUGAUGGCACGUGCAAAAAUGCAAAAUUAUUUCAGGAUGUAAAUAAAAUCUGCCUGUA